UCCUUCUCAAGAUCUGAAUCCACUGUAAAUAUAUUUUAAGUUGUUUUUCCUUUCUUUCCUUCCCUGUACAGUUUCUCUAGGACAAAUGGCUUUUGGGUUCUAUAGUUAGGAUCAGCAAUUGCGUUACUUACUCAGCAAAGGGGCCGCUUUGUUUCUUCAUGAAUAAAAAAGUUUGCUUUUUAGCCCUUUAAAGUCUGAACUAACCAAAAUUCUCUCUUUUGAAGAAUUUUUUAUUGGUUUUAUUUUGGAAAGCAUUUUGAGCUUUCUUUUCUUGUUGGGUUUGGUGGUGGGGCUGUGUUUUUGUGCAAUGCAGAUGACCUGGUCUGGUUUGGACUAAGAAAUUAGAGGCGUAAGGAGGAGGGUGUUUUAAUUAUUAUUAAUUUCAGUGCCUUCUGCGGAAUUCUUUGAAUUGGGAUAUAUGCUUAGAUUAUUUAGUUUUACAGUACAUAUCCCGUCAGGCCGUCACUACUCCGCGUUUGGUAUCGAGUUUUCUUCUUGUUGGUUUGCUGUAGUUGUGGGUGGUGACUGCGAUCAGAUCUGCAUUUGGAUUCAUUCUACAGGCUGGUGCAGGCGUUGUGACUCGGCGACGAUCGAGACUUGACGUGGUAAUUCUCACUCUCUUUAUACUUCGUUUCGAGUUGAAUUGAUCGACUGGGUCGUAGCAGUGUUCGACAUUUUGUCCUCCAUGCGAUGGAUUAAUUCAGAGCUUGCAGUUGCUUGAAUUGCAACGGGACUGGUGUGCUUCUCAUUCAAUGGAGUGUGGGACAUUGGUGAUGUUGGGGAAAAGAACUAAUCCGGAAAUGGAGAUUUCUUAAGGAUUUUCUGUUAUGGGUUUCAAUUUAAUGGAGUUGUUUUGGGAUGUCAUGAUGAGAUCAUGACGGAGUUGGAUUGCACUUUAAAAGUUAAAACCAAGGUUUUGAUGUUUUGGAGGCUGUGGGCCUGAGCCAAAGACUUAACUCUGGUUUGGUUGAUAUGGCGUCGGCAGAAGGGAGGCGUCAUCGGCAUGAUCGGCAUGGUAGGCAUGAUCGGCACGAUCUAGUUCCUCUUGCGGCCUUGAUCAGCAGAGAGUUGAAGAGCGAGAAGAUGGAGAAGCCGAGUGUCAGAUAUGGUUAUGCUGCUCAGUCUAGGAAAGGGGAGGACUAUUUCUUGAUAAAAACAGACUGUCAGAGAGUUCCAGGGAAUUCUUCCUCUACCUUUUCUGUAUUUGCAAUCUUUGAUGGGCAUAAUGGGAAUGCUGCAGCAAUUUUUACAAGGGAAAAUUUGUUAAAUCACGUAUUGGGUGCAUUACCCCGUGGUCUUGGACGGGAAGAGUGGCUUCAUGCCUUACCUCGGGCAUUAGUUGCUGGGUUUGUGAAGACUGACAAGGAAUUCCAGAAUCGAGGAGAAACUUCCGGAACAACUGCUACAUUUGUAAUAGUUGAUGGGUGGACUGUGACAGUUGCAUCAGUUGGGGACUCACGUUGCAUCUUAGAUGCUCAGGGUGGUGCUGUAUCUAUCUUAACUGUUGAUCAUAGGCUUGAAGAAAAUGUGGAAGAGAGAGAACGUGUUACUGCAAGUGGAGGUGAAGUUGGGAGACUUAGCAUUGUUGGUGGUGUUGAGGUCGGUCCCCUCCGUUGCUGGCCAGGGGGUUUAUGCCUUUCAAGGUCCAUUGGUGACAUGGAUGUUGGGGAAUUUAUAGUUCCGAUACCAUAUGUUAAACAAGUGAAGCUAUCAAAUGCAGGGGGAAGGCUCAUUAUUGCUUCUGAUGGCAUCUGGGAUGCGCUAUCUUCUGAGAUGGCUGCCAAGUCUUGUCGUGGGUUGCCUGCAGAGCUUGCUGCCAGGCAAGUUGUCAAGGAAGCCUUGAGGAUGAGAGGGCUGAAGGAUGAUACAACUUGUAUUAUUGUUGACAUAAUUCCUCCAGAGAAUCCAUUGCUGCUUUUAACCCCUCCCAAAAAGCAAAAUAAGCUUAGAUCUCUUAUCUUCAGAAAGAGAUCACAAGAUUCUGCAAAUAAACUAGCCAAAAAGUUAUCAGCUGUGGGUAUAGUGGAAGAGUUAUUUGAAGAAGGUUCAGCAAUGCUAGCAGAAAGACUUGGGAAUGAGUCAUCUAUGGGGCAGUCGACAUCUGGUCUUUUCACAUGUGCUGUUUGUCAAGUUGACCUUGCCCCAAGUGAGGGGAUUUCGGUUCAUGCUGGUUCCAUCUUUUCCACCAGCUCAAAACCUUGGCAAGGUCCUUUCCUCUGUGCUGAUUGCCGUAAUAAGAAGGAUGCAAUGGAAGGAAAACGACCUAGUGGAGUUAAAGUGGUAUAACUGUCCAGUUUUUCUGUCACUCUUUUUUGCCCUGAUUUCAAUUUAUUAGGCCUUUUUUCUUGGCCAGGCAAUUGUUUGGAUCUCCAAAUAUGAUGGUGUACCCCCCUGUAUAUGUAAUAUUAACACAUAAUACAAGCUCAAUCAUGGCAUCUCAAGAAAAGUAAUAUGAUUCCUCCUCUCUCUCUAGCUUUUGAUAUUCAA